GUUCAGUUUCUCUUUUCUCUUUCUCUCUCUUUUUUUUUUUUAACAUCUAAUUCGUUAUAUUAUGACAAGUCCGGAAUUCAGUAGUCCUCUUAGAAAGUAUAAACUUGUUUUUCUCGGUGAACAAAGUGUGGGUAAAACAUCACUUAUUACUAGAUUCAUGUACGAUACCUUUGACAAUACAUAUCAAGCAACGAUUGGUAUCGACUUUUUAUCAAAGACACUUUAUAUUGAUGAUCGUACAGUCCGUUUACAAUUAUGGGAUACCGCGGGCCAGGAACGAUUUCGAUCAUUGAUUCCAAGUUAUAUUCGGGAUUCUUCCGUAGCAGUAAUUGUUUAUGACAUUACAAGUCUUGAAUCAUUCAAUAAUACCAAUAAAUGGAUAGAUGAUGUUCGUGCUGAACGGGGUGAUGAUGUAAUUAUUGUUCUUGUUGGUAACAAGUCUGAUUUAAAUGAUAAAAGACAAGUUACUACUGAAGAUGCAGAAAAACGAGCUAGAGAGCUUAAUGUGAUGUUUAUGGAAACUAGUGCAAAGGCAGGACACAAUGUCAAAACAUUAUUCAAGAAAAUUGCUCAAGUGCUUCCUGGUGCAGAUGGAAAUAAUGAACCAGUCCAAAGAGAUCAAAUGCAAAAAAUCAACCUAACCAAUACUGAAACUGAGGCUAGUGGUUGUGCUUGUUAGAUUAUAUAUAGAUUAUUGUUGAUGUCCUGAUUUUUACUCUUUACUUUUAUUAUUAUUAUGUUCUCCAUAUGUUAUUUACCUUAUGCCAUUUAUCGAUCACCCUCUACUUUUUUUUUUU